AAGCAUGUAUCCAUUUUUUUUUUUUUCAGAUGAACAACAAACUGUUACCCAUCCCUCCUGCUGUAAUUGGUCAGGGCGCCCCAGUAGAGCUCAUGGCCAACAUGAGGCUGCGUUUGCUGCGGUCGGGGGCGCAGCUCAGUCUGCCGCCUCGCUGCAUCCGAACGCACGCUGCUGGCGGUGCCGCCGACAGAAUUAGUGAUGUUUUAUAUUUGGAACGUUUCCAGGGUUAGCCCUAUAGGCGUAGCCUGACACCGUAUGUUGUGUCCGACGAAUUUCUUCCUUCAGCAGCUUUUGUGACAUGUUCUACAUCUGCCAUGGCAAGAGAUCUGUUUCCAUGGGGGUUCUUCAGAAAGCCUCUCUACAUCCAGGCCAGGUUUUCCUACCUACAUAUGAAGUACCUGUUCUUCUCCUGGCUGGCAGUGUUUGUGGGGAGCUGGAUAGUGUAUGUCCAGUACUCGUCCUACACAGAGCUGUGUCGUGGGCACGACUGCAAAAAUUCAAUAUGUGACAAAUACAGAAAAGGAGUCAUUGACGGCACGGCCUGCAGCAGCCUGUGUGAGAAAGACACUCUUUAUCUGGGGAAGUGCUUCACUGCCAAGCCCAACAGCCAGGUGUACUCUGGGAGCUGGGGAGACCUGGAGGGAGUCAUUAAGUGCCAGAUGGAAGAGGCUCCUCAUUAUGAUUUGGGAAGUGAGAUGGAGCCCAGGAAGGAGGCUGCGGCCUUCAACAAGCCCACCAAGGGGACCUCUGUGGAGAAGUUCAGAGAGAUGAUUCUCAACCACCUGAAGGCUAAAGUGGGAGAUCAGGCCAACCUUGCAGACCUGGCAACCCAAGUACUGUCUAUAACAGAUGCCGAUAAGGACGGUCACAUCUCGCUGCCCGAGGCUCGCUCCACGUGGGCUCUGCUGCAGCUCAAUGAAUUCCUGUUAGCAUUAGUCCUGCAAGACAGAGAGCACACACCCAAGUUGCUGGGCUUCUGUGGAGACCUGUAUGUGAUGGAGAAGGUGCCAUAUUCUCCCCUGUACGGGAUCAGUCUGCCUUGGAUCAUCGAAGUGUGGAUACCCGCCGGUCUACGCCGCAGCAUGGACCAGUGGUUUACCCCAUCAUGGCCACACAAGGCCAAGAUCUCCAUCGGACUGCUGGAACUGGUCGAGGACGUUUUCCACGGUACUUUUGGCAGCUUCCUCAUGUGCGACAUUAGCGCCAGCAGUUUUGGCUACAAUGAUCGCCAUGACCUGAAGGUGAUGGACGCGCAGUACAUCGUUCCUGAAGCAAUCUUCCAAGAAGGCAUCAGACAGCAGCGCUGCGACGUGGACGAGGAUUGUCUUUACGGGGCGGACUGCCUCACUUCCUGUGACCUCACCAAGCACCGCUGUACAACAGAGGUCACCAGGCCAAACUUAGCCAAAGCCUGUGAAGCGCUGAAGGACUACAUUCUGAGAGGGGCUCCAUCUGACGUGAGAGAGGAGCUCGAGAAGCAGCUGUACGCUUGCAUUGCACUCAAAGGUUCAACAGAACAGAUGGAAAUUGAGCACUCGUUAAUUCUAAACAAUCUCAAGACUUUGUUAUGGAAGAAAAUCUCUCAUACAAAAGACUCCUAAUGAAUAAGCACAGACCAAAACCUGUCACUCAGUUUUUAAACACUGGAAAUAUUUUCACUGUGGAAACAAGUAUAUCCUCUUAUAUUCAACUUCAUGUGAUUAACUGAUGUAUUUUAUCCUGAAGCACUUGUUGAGGAAUGUCACUUUCAUAUUAAGUCAUGUAAUUAGUAGACUUCAUUAAUAUACUGGAGCAAGCGCAUUUUUUUUUUUUUUUAAACAAAGACAUCAAUAAAUUUAACAUGAACUGUAUGCUUAACUCUGCAGUGCACUGUCUGGUGGUUGAGCAUUUAUUCCAUUUUCACCCUCAAAGAGUCAGCACCAUUCACACAAAACUGGACGUGUGUUUAGAAGGCAUGUCAGUGGGUAGAU